AUGGAAACCACUAAUGAUAAAUAUGAUAUAGAACAAGAUGUUGAAUUUUCAGAUGAUAUUAAAAUCCAAGAAUUACAAUCAUGUAAACUAAUAUACCCCGAUUCUAAAGUUGAUUAUGAAACACUAUCAGGAAUUGUAUCGAUACCAAUUAAUAUAGAAGAGGGAAUCACUGUACGACUAUAUCUGAGUGACAAUACGCUUAUGGCAUCUCGACUAAUUAAUUAUUUGCCACCAUUUGAACUUAGUUUCCAGUUGAACGACGCAUAUCCAUAUGACUCCCCACCACAACUUGAAAUCAAAUGUGUUUGGUUAGAUGAUUCUAAAUUGGAAGAGGUGACGACUGAACUAGACGGUAUUUGGAAAGAAUAUAAAGAUCAAGUUUUAUUUAACGUCAUUGAUUAUUUACAAGAUCUUUCCCAGAAUCAUAUCGAUAAACUAGUAUCUACUACAUUAGAUAUUCUGAACAUUCAAAGAUAUUACCAAGUGAUUGAUUUUGAUCUAGAUACCAAAGUAGAAAAAUUCAACAUGCAAACAUUUACUUGUGAAAUUUGUCAAACUGAUUUGAAAGGUUUACACUGUACGAAAUUUGAUGAAUGUGGACAUGUAUUUUGUAAUAAUUGUUUAAUUGAAUAUUUCCAAUCUUGUAUUAUUUCUGGAGAAAUUGAUAAAGUUCAUUGUCCUGAUUAUGAAUGUACAAAGAAAUAUCUUGAAGAAAAAAACAAAUUUAUGAAUUUGGAUACAUGGAUGAAUAAUGAUAGAAAAGCAAGAGAUGUUGUGAACCAUUUAUUAACUCCAUCAGUACCAUUAACAAUGUUAAAUAAACUAUUAAAAGAUCAAGAAUUAGUAAAAAGAUAUUACACUUUAUUUAAAAAAGGACAAUAUGAAUUAAUUGGAAGAUUAUUACCUAAUAGAAUGGUUACAUGUCCUAGAAUUGGAUGUGAUGAAGUUAUAUUUAGAGAAGAUUUAGAUGAGAAAUUAGUUGUUUGUCCUAAAUGCAAAUAUGCAUUUUGUAACGACUGUAGGAAAUCUUAUCAUGCUAGAUUUAAGAUAUGUACUAAAAUAAGUGAAGAUGCUAAAUACCUGGGUAUACCCGUUGAAGAUUUAGAAAAUUAUCCACUUUUACCUUCGGAAUCUCAUGAAAAGAAAAUUUUAAAUGCAAAAUAUGGUAGAAAUGUGAUAUUAAGAGCAAUAGAUGAAUACAAAAUGGAUCAAUUAUUCCAACAAUUAAUAAGAGAGGGCACAGAUGUUAGAGAAUGUCCUGGAUGUCAUGCUGUUAUUGAAAAAACAGAAGGUUGUAAUAAAAUGAAAUGUUCUGAAUGUAAGACAAGUUUUUGUUUCAACUGUGGCUCAAGAACAGCCAAUAAUUAUGAUCAUUUUACAGAUCCAGAAUCUCCUUGUUAUAAGCUUUUAUUCUUUGGUAUGCCUGGGGUUGACGACGAUGAUCUAUAG